UGGUUGGAUCCGGCGAGGCGGGGGCCGAGGGGCGAAGAUGGCGGCGUCCGGCGCGAACGGGCCCGGCUCGGCGGCCACGUCCAACCCGCGCAAGUUCAGCGAGAAGAUCGCGCUGCAGAAGCAGCGGCAGGCCGAGGAGACGGCGGCCUUCGAGGAGGUGAUGAUGGACAUCGGCUCCACCCGGUUACAGGCCCAGAAGCUACGCCUGGCGUAUACCCGGAACUCCCACUAUGGGGGUUCCCUGCCCAAUGUCAACCAGAUUGGCUGUGGCCUGACUGAGCUCCAGGGCCCCCUUCACUCCCCUUUGGACUCAUCUCGGAGUACUCGGCACCACGGGCUGGUUGAACGUGUGCAGCGGGACCCUCGAAGAAUGGUGUCCCCCCUCCGCCGCUAUCCCCGCCACGUGGACAGCUCCCCCUACAGCCCUGCCUAUUUAUCUCCACCCCCGGACUCCAGCUGGCGGAGGACGAUGCCAUGGGGUAAUUUCCCUGCAGAGAAGGGACAGUUGUUUCGCCUGCCAUCUGCACUUAACAGGACAAGUUCUGAUUCUGCCCUUCACACGAGUGUGAUGAACCCCAGCCCUCAGGACACCUAUCCCAGUCCCGCUCCUUCCAGUGUCCUGCCUGGCCGCCGUGCAGGUUUUCUGGAUGGGGAAAUGGAUUCCAAAGUCCCUCCCAUUGAGCAGAACUUGCUAGAUGAUAAGCACUUGUUGAAGCCAUGGGAUGCUAAGAAGCUCUCCUCAUCUUCCUCCCGCCCUCGUUCCUGUGAAGUCCCUGGAAUUAACAUCUUUCCAUCCCCUAACCAGCCUGCCACCGUACCUGUCCUCCCACCUGCCAUGAACACGGGAGGAUCCCUCCCUGACCUCACCAACCUGCACUUUCCACCGCCUCUGCCUGUCCCCCUGGACCCCGAGGAGACGGCCUACCCCAGCUUGAGUGGGGGCAGCAGCACUUCGAACUUAACCCAUACCAUGACUCACCUGGGCAUUAGCGGAAACCUGGGCCUGGGCUAUGAUGCACCAGGACCUCACUCACCUCUCAGCCACCCGUCCUUGCAGCCCUCCCUAAGCAACCCCAAUUUGCAGGCAUCACUGCGCAGCCCCCAGCCCCAGCUACAGGGCUCCCACAGUCAUCCCUCGCUGCCUGCCUCCUCCUUGGCCCGCCACGCCUUGCCCGCUGCCUCCCUAGGUCACCCCUCACUCAGUGCCCCCGCCCUCUCCUCCUCCUCCUCCUGCUCCUCCACUUCCCCUCCCAGCUUGGGCGCCCCCCCAUACUCUGCCUCCACCCCUGGGGCCUCCCCCCGCCACCACCGCCGCGUGCCCCUCAGUCCCCUGAGUUUGCCCGCGGGCCCAGCCGAUGCCAGAAGGUCCCAGCAGCAGCUGCCCAAACAGUUCUCGCCAACAAUGUCACCCACCUUGUCUUCCAUCACUCAGGGCGUCCCCCUGGACACCAGUAAACUGCCCACGGACCAGCGGUUGCCUCCAUACUCAUACAGCCCCCCCAGUCUAGUUCUGCCUACCCAGCCCCCAACUCCCAAGCCUCUCCCACAGCCUGGGCUGUCAUCUCAGGCCUGCUCGGGGCAACCCUCUGGCGGACAACCCCAAGGCAGACCCUCCCACUUUGGGACCCUGUGUGCCGCCGGCUCCAGUGGGCAUGGGCAGCAGCUGUACCAUCGGCCCUUGAAUGACUUUGGCCUGGGUCAUCUGGAGCACUUCAACCUAGAGAGCUCGUCAGCCAGCCUGGUGCUGGACCCCUCUGGCUUUUCCGAAGGAACCGGGUUUUUAGGGGGCGAGGGGCCAAUGAGUGGCCCCCAGGACCCCCAGGCCCUCAACCACCAGAACUUGACCCACUGUUCCCGCCAUGGCUCAGGGCCGAACAUCACUCUCACAGGCAAUGCCUCCCCAGGUUUCUCUAAGGAAAUUGCCGCAGCUCUGGCUGGAGUUCCUGGCUUUGAGGUGUCAGCAACUGGACUGGAGCUGGGGCUGGGGCUGGAAGAGGAGCUACGCAUGGAGCCUCUGGGCCUAGAGGGGCUGAACAUGCUGAGUGACCCGUGCGCCCUCCUCCCCGACCCUGCUGUGGAGGACUCGUUUCGCAGUGACCGACUACAGUGAGGGGCCUUGUCAUGGUUCUUGGCCUAUCCCGAUCACUGUUCUCUCUCCCUUCCCUCGGCCAGUAGACUCAGCUCUGCCUUGGUCCUCUUUUUUUGACAUGAUCGAAGGAUCCCAAAAGCAAGGAAGGGCUACUUUAUUCAAGUCACCCCAGGAUUCAGCACGAGGGUUGGGCCUGGGGGGACUAAAGGAAGGGCCCAAAGCACUUGUAACUUUGAAAUGUCUGUCUGAGGUCAGAGCCUGUUGGGAAUGCAUGGGCCGAGGGGAGCCCUGAGCUGGGCUUGUUCAGAUGCCAGGGGUGGCAGUGCCAGCCCCUCUUCUCCGCUCGUUCCCCUUACAGUGGUGAAGUGAGCCAGAGUGGAUGUUAUUUUUUAUUAAAUAUAUUAUAUGUUAAUAAAAAAAUAAUCAAAUCUUGG